GGAAGUGACAGGAGCGAGCCCAAAAGGGAAAGAGAGCGAGAGACCGAAAGAAGGGGGCCAAGGAGCUAGCGAGCGAGCGCUGGCAGGUGAGCGGGACGCGAGUUCUGAAUCCCAACCGGCCGGAUUUGCGGGGGCGUGCGGGGGAAACUUGUGAGGCGGGGGUGUUUGACUCGGCCCCCAAUGACGUUCCAGCGGGACGAAGAGGCGCUCCUUCCUCGCCUUGCGAGCAGGGAGAGGGGUCUCUUUCAGGCUCUGCAGACCCCCACCCUCCAAAUACGAGCCCUUUACCUGGGAUCCCCCCAAGUGGUAGGCAUACUGCCGCCCCCGGCUCCAAAUCUCCUUGUCUAGUGCAGCAGCAGCAGCAGCGACCAACAGCCAUGUGGCACCUGAAAGUCUGCCAGGGUGAUGGUGGCAUCUUCUGAGCCAGCGGGUCUCUUCUGAUGCCGGUCCCUUUUUUUUUUUAGACUGGACUUGCUGGUGGAGCGAUGUGUGUCUUUAUUUUCUGUACAGCGCCUACCAGGCAUGAACGAGAAGCGCCUUGUGGCAUCUUAAAGGCUGGCACACUUUAUGUUGGCAUAUGGUCCAGAGAAGCUGUGGUAGAAUUUAAGAUAAGGCUUUUGAAGAAGACUAACAGGAAAUUAGUGUGGAUGAGGCACUUUUUGAAAUAAUGAUUCAUGAUCCAUUAGGGGGUUCCUAAAAUACUAAGGGGUUUUCAUGUGGUUUACUCCAACAGUCUCCCACUGAUUUAUGUAUUGGGCACCCACUCUGCUGAUGCCCUGCUGUUUUGCCCUAUGAUUCUGUCCCUUUCCCUAUUUCCCUGCAAAGCCACAGUACCCACAUAAUAACAGCACAACUUCUCCCCCCUUCACUGGAAGCACUUAUGGUGUGCCCCACUACCACCUUGAGGCUGUGACAGGACUCUCUCCCAAAGACUUGCCUUCCUGCGCCCCCCCCCUCCCCCCCCACGCAAAAGCAAAGCUAUCUCCUUCAAGUCUCUCAUUCUCAGCACUUUGUGAUCUGGUGGGUGGUUAAUUCUCCAAGAGUCUCCCUCUGUUGGGCUUGGAUCUUUUCACAUUGUUAUUUUUAAGAGCUAUUUGUGGGGCUUUGAUUCUAAAGUGCUCCCAUAGCAACUUACCUUGUUAGUUCAGGAACUGGGUUGACAACUAUGUAUUGUUGUCUAUGGCGCUAUGCACUAACAGCAGGGCUUCUUCCAGAAGACAGCCACAUACUCAGAAGCCAUGAACGUAGCAAGUGUUGGCAAAGAAGUGCCAACAACUUGUCUUGGGGCAAGGGCUGCCCCCUGUCUGGCUCAUGUGCUCUAGUCCCCAGGGUGGCUCUCUUCCACCCUCUCUCUCUGAGCCGUGGCUGUGGUGACUGGUUUGCCUUUUUGGCUCCCAGACAUAUGGAGGGAAAGAGGCGGAAGCCACAGAGUGACAACCAACGGGCAGGGAGCUCAGGGUGGCAGGCAGAGUCCCAUAGUAUCCAGCAGUUCUCCAGGGCUUCAAGCAGGGGUCUCUCCCAUCCCUACUUGGAGAUGUUGAACCUUGGAACUUCUGCAUGCAAAGCUGAUGCUCUACCAAUGAACUGAAUGUGACUGAAGUGAGGAAGCAAAUAUUUCCUAACUUUUAUUCCUAAUCGGAACAGUCUUGGCAUACUAUACAGUGUGUAUAUUUUGAUAUAGAUAUUCUCACAAGGACUUGCUUUCGCUUUAGUGGUGGAGAAUGUAGAGACAUAUUUAAAAGGCAAUGUGGUGAAACUGGCAAGAUUUCUCUCCUCCUUCCACCCCCUCGCCCAGCCAUGCAGCUUGUCAGUUUCUCCAGAGCAAGCAUCUUCUGGAGGACAGCAGAUCUUUUGGACCACAGCUCCCAUCAGCCUCAGCCAACAUGGUCAGUGGCAAGGCAUAUGGGGAGUCAGCGUCCCAAAAAUAUGGAGGACACCAGGUUGAAGGAGGCUGGAGCAGAGAUGGCGGAGAGAGUGAAGAUAAAAAUUGAACAAGUAACACAGAAGAUGGGGGGAGUUCCAUUGUCAGUGGCAUCCUAACCAAAAUGAUCACUUAUCAUUCCUCUGCAAUACCAGCUGUCAGUUUGUACACCAGAGCUCUGUGCAGCAACUCUGCUGGAAACUUAAUCAGUGCUUGAAAAAAGCAAGAGGACAAUCGGGGAAGUGUGUGAGUGCCAACAGUUUGGGAUGGAUGAGAGAAAGGGAAUAGCCAAAUUCUCACUGAUGAGCCAGUAAUGAUCUUGAGAACACUUUUUUUCUGCCAGAAUCUCCAGCAGUUAGGUCACAGUAGCAUUCCUCUGUACACCAGAACAUCAUCCUAUAAAAACCAUGAGGGUUUAACCUCUAAAAUACAGGGUAGAAAUGACUGAAAUGAAUCAAUACACUUAAAAUUCCCUUUCCCAUCACUUGGCCAUUAUCACCACCUCCUGCUUGCAGUUGCAUUACCCUUUGCAUGCAUGUGCAUAUGGCAUUGAAAAGAAAACAUGAGAAGUGAGAAUGCACAUGCAAAUGAAGAAUAUCUGCCCAUACUGCAUCAGCCUAUUUAUGGAAUGCAGCUUAUGUUAAAGGGCUUCUGGGGGCGGAAUUAUAUAUAUAUUUGGCAUGGGUAUUUUCUUUGCAGCGGGAAGACUCAUCCAUGGCUUUUGUAAAUCAAAACAACAACCAUCCUGUGCAGUAUACAAGGCUCUGUUUUAUGGCUUGAUGGCUGAAUUCAUUUGCUUGGCAAUCCCACUCGUAGCCAUAGGUUGAUUUGAUCGACGGAAUUUCAAAUGGGACCAGGUUCAGGGCUUUGCUCUUUUCCCGCUGCAGGAUGUCUCCUGGAGUGGCGCUGCAGGAGAAGUAUCGUCAGUGCUUGGAGAACAAUUUCCACCAGGGCCACACUGGCAUCUGCACCGACUCGUCCCUGAAGGAGCGGAUGUGGCAGCAACUGCUGGAGGAUCCAGAAGUUCACAGUGCCCUGAGAGGGGAGGACACCUUUGCCAUGCUUGCCUCGGCCCUGCGAGGACAGCUGGAUCUGGGACUGGCACUCCAGAAUCUUGGCCGGGCCUUUGAGGUGCUGGAACUGGCAGCCGUCAAUCUUUACUUCUUCCCCUGGCGCAAGGAAUUUGGAACCAUAAAAGUGAGCAUUGUCGGGGGGGAAGUCAGGCAUUGUGGGGGCAGAGGGAGGAGGCUACACAGGACUCUGCUAUAUUGCAGACAGAAACAGUUGUUUAUUUUACUUAUUUGAAUUCCUUCCUUCCAAAUCAUGCAAAGAGCAGCUCACCUCACGUAUAGAUGUGCAAUGUAUAAAAAUAAAGCCAACCACCUUCCAUUCAUUGGUGUGCAGAGGUUUACUUAGCCUCUCAGCACCUUUCCCUUCGUUUCCUGAUAGUUUCCUAUCUCGGUCAGAGUAGUAAUAUUCACAGCUGAAAUCCUGAGUCUGCUUCUCUUCCAGAGAACUGAAGGAAUCAUUAUUCUUUAUUAAAUUUCUGUGCUGCCUUUCCUCCUAAAGGAGCCCAGGGCAGCAAAUAGCAAAAUGGCAGAAACAAUACAAUUAAAUCUAAAAUAAAAACAAAUUUAAAGCUUCCUUUUUAAUUUAUUUUUUUUAAAAAGCAGUCACAUACUCCCACAGCUGCUAAUUUCAUGGCAUGGAUAAAUUUCAUACUCAUUUUCAGUAACUGUAUCUUUCAGCCAUCAGAUGCCAGGGUAAACAAGAAUGUUCUUAAGUUCCUCCUGAAAGUUAAUAACCAGAGAGACAAAUGUGCUUCACCCAGGGAGAGCAUUCUGCAAACAGGGAGCCACCACAGAGAAGGCCCUGUUAACUGGUCAAUGACAGCUGGGCAGCAUGUAUAAACUCAUGCAUAAUACGAAAAUAAUAUUGUUGCUGUGUACCAUGCCUGUAGUCACUGAACGAACAAACAAACUUGUGGUUUUUGUGUGCUUGAAAUACUAUGAGUUGUAUCCAAAACUAGUCAUAUUCACAGAAGAGCUUCUGAAAUUAAUGAACCUAAGGUAGUCAUGUUCAUUUACUUCAGUGGGUCUGCUUUGAGUAGGACUAGCAUUGGCUGCAACCUUGUAUUAUUUUGAACACUGGAUUGUUUUAUAAAUGGCUGUGUAAAUUGCUUUGUAACCAAGCAGUCAGCAAAUGCUGUACAGGCAUACCUCGGGUUACAGCCGCUUCAGGUUGCAUUUUUUCAGGUUACGGACUGCCAAAACCUGGAAGUACUGGAAUGGGUUUACUUCUGGGUUUCGCGGUCGCGCAUGCGCAGAGGCGCUAAAUCGAGCUUUGCACAUGUGCAGAUGCGACAAAUCGCAACCCGCGCAGACGCAGGUUGCAAACAUGCAUCCUGCAUGGAUCACGUUCGCAACCCAAGCAUCCACUGUAAAUAAGUAACAGUAUCAAAUUUGUGUGUCGAGCAAUGCAGGGCAAUAACCUCUGUGUCUUUCUCUGCAGACCUUCUCAGGUGUUUACGUGCACGUCCUCCAGGGAGUCCUGCCUGAGGCCGACAUCACCAGGAGUUUCCGCCGGCUGGGCUACAUCCCGAGAGACAGCCUCCACCUGGUCAUCGCCCAGUUGCCCCCGAGUGCCAGCCUCCUCGCUGCAGCCUGCUGCUUUUUUGCAGCCAGGGUCGAGUGCGAGAUCCUGGGGAAGAUUGUGCGGGAGCUGGAGCCGUAUGCCGCUUCACCUGAAGAUCUUCUCCAGGCCCGCAGGGAAGCCAAAGGCAGCCUAGAGAACUGUGUGGCCAAGUUGCAGAGCCUGGUGCGGUGGCCUAGGGGCAGAGAUUUCCGCGUGGAGCCAGCUGAUGCAAUAGACCUGUACAGGGAGAGUCCGGAAGGGCAGGGCCCGUAUGGCGACCCUUUGGGACCUAGGUUGCCAUUGUCAUCGCAGCAGCACCAGCACCCCAUUCCCCUCUGCGAGCGCAGCAGCCCCCGGUUGCGGAGCAGAGAGCAGCACUUCCAGACUCCGCAGGGGCUUGCGGAGAACAGGAGCAAGAUGUGGGUGCUGGGCCCGGAGGAGCCACCGUACGGCAACGGGAUCCCAGCCUUGGAGGGCCCCGAUCUGGAGACCUCCUUCUCCUUUAUCUCCCUGCGGCGGGAGCUCAGCAGAACUACGGAAGCGGACUACCCCACGCCUCCGGGAAGCCGCUUCUUGUCUCCCAUCCCUCACUACGACAGCCCUGGCGGCCCCCAGCUUCACCGGGGCAGCAGCCCAGCCUCUCCCUCAGCAAGGCAGCCAAGGAGUCCCCAGCUGAGCCCCACGGGGAUGCACCGAGCUCUGGUGCCAGGUGCAGGGAUGUCCCCAACAGAGCCACCGCGCUAUCACCUGCAUUCGUGCAUGCGCCCGGGCACCCUCCCGGCCUCCUGCUGCAACACCUGCAGAUUGCUGCACGGCGGCAGCUGCGAUGGAGCGCAGGUCUGCCGGAGCAGCCACCACAUGGAAGAGCUGCAAAGCGAGAAGCAGCAGCGCCUCUGGCUGCAGAGGACAGAGGUGGACAAGCUGCUGCACGAGGGGCUGCCGGGAGUCUGGCAAUAGCACGCGCUGCAGAACCCACCAGGGCAUCAACCGGACCUUGGACAGAAAAGCUGCUUCCUCUGCAGUUCUGAGGCUUCAUCUAGAACUGCACACACAGUCUGCUUUUCGUCCUCCUUCUCCCAGGCCUUCCCUCUCGGUUUUCUGAAAAACACUUUCCCUUAUUUUUGUUUCAGAGGAAAAAACAGCCAGACACUCACUUUUCAGCAUACAUUCUCUUUCCCCUGCCAACAGGACUUUUCUCAAAUCCUAAAUAUUUUGAGGAUUUAGGUGAACAAAUUUGUUGGGGUGGGGGGGAUCCACUCCUAAACAGUCUCCCGCAGUAGUGUUUGCUGGACAGGUGAGAUUCUCCCCCCUCCACUUCCCUCAUCCUUUCCACUGAGCAUUUGAGGGGGCACUGCUUCAUCUGAAAGUGGUUCCAGCUGGCUGACAAGAAAUGGCGAGUCAAUUGACAUGUUAGAAGGACACGCACACCCCUCUGCCAGAAUCCAUCUUUUGUAAUAUCAGGGCACAAUGAAGUUUUACAUGAUGCUCAUCUGCUCCCUCUUUGUGUAUUUCAAAGGAUGUAGGGCAGCAUUUCCCCAACUGGGUGCCAUCCAGUUGUUUUGCACUACAGUUCCCACCGUCUGCAGCCAGCAGAGCAUUAGAAUGCUGGGGCUGAUGGGAACUGUAGUGGAAGACAUCUGGAGGGCACCAAGGUUUGGGGGGAAGCUACUAUAGGGAGCUGCCAUGGGAGAAGGUGGGCUGAGAUUACAGGAGGGGGUGGAGGUUGCCUCUCCUUGUUAAUACCUUUUCCUGAAUCCUUGUGGCUCUCCUCUGGAAGCUGAGACAGCGCCGGAAAAGCCUUAAUGCUGAGUUUGAGUCUCCUGCUACUAGGCAGGGGCAGAGCUGUUCCCAAGCCCUCAGAGGCACUCAGCAUCUCCCUCCUGGCUUACAGAAGCAGAGGUGCAAAAUAAACAGAAAUGUAAUCUC